AUGGCUUUCCUGGCUGGCACACGACCGGGACCAGGACCACUUGCUGGCCUGGGGACGAGACUGAUGCCAGCCCUUCCCAGCCAGUCCAUUCGUUGUCUGUCACUUGCGCAGUAG